AUGGAAAAUUACGAGUCCCCACUCCCAAACACAACACAAAAGGCCUUUUUAAAAAUUAAUGUUUAUCGAGAAAAAGCAAAGAUGCCAACCCCCGUGCACGCAGCCCGCCAAUGCCUAACAGCGGACGCAGCGAGGGCCCUGGACGAGGCAGUAGCGGUGGCCCGCCGCCGAGGACACGCCCAGACGACCUCCCUCCACGCGGUGUCGGCCCUCCUCUCCCUGCCCAUCCUCCGGGACGCCUGCUCCCGCGCCCGCAACUGCGCCUACUCCCCACGCCUCCAGUUCAAGGCCCUCGACCUCUGCCUCUCCGUCUCCCUCGACCGCGCCCCCUCCUCCCACAACCACCUCCCCUCCGACCACCACCCUCCCGUCUCCAACUCCCUCAUGGCCGCCAUCAAGCGCUCCCAGGCCAACCAGCGCCGCCACCCCGAUAACUUCCACUUCACUCACCACCAGCAGCCCUUCUCCGUUUCCUCCGUUAAGGUCGAGCUUCAGCAUUUGCUACUAUCCAUCCUCGACGACCCCGUCGUCAGUCGCGUCUUCGCCGAAGCCGGCUUCCGAAGCUCCGACAUCAAGCUCGCCAUCCUCCGCCCUCUCCGCCCCCGCGCCCCGCCCAUUUUCAUCUGCAACUUAUCCGACCCCCCGCCUCCGCCUCCGCCGCCGCGCCGCUUCCCUUUUUUCCUCUCCGGCGACGAGAAUUUCCGCCGCAUCGGGGAGGUCCUCGUGCGGAGCCGGGGGCGGAACCCCUUGCUCCUCGGCGCGUGCGCCGGCGAGGCGCUCCGGAGCUUCGCGGACGCCGUGGAGAAGCGGCGGGAGGGGGCUGUCCCCGUGGAGCUCUCCGGGCUGCGCGUGGUUUGCAUUGCGGAGGAGGUGGCGCGUGGGGAUUGCGCGGCGGUGGCCGCGCGCGUGGCGGAGGUUGGGGAUUUGACGGAGGGGUGUGUGGGACCCGGGGUUGUGGUGAGUUUGGGGGAUUUGAAGGAUUUUGUGAGGGAUGAUGAGGUGUGUGAGGGUUUGAGGAGUGUGGUUGGGGAAUUGGCGAAGCUUUUGAGGGUUUAUUAUGAUAAGUUUUGGUUGAUGGGUGCUGCUGCGAGCUACGAGAGUUACUUGAAAUUCGUGGGGAAGUUUCCUUUUGUUGAGAAAGAGUGGGAUUUGCAGCUUCUUCCUAUUACCUCUGUUAAGCCUUCUGAAUCGUAUCAGCGUCCCAGGUCCAGCUUAAUGGAUUCAUUUGUGCCAUUUGGUGGCUUUUUUUCGUCACAGUCUGAUUUGAAAGGUCCUCUGAAUGGCUCCUUUUAUUGUGUUCCCCACUGUCAUCAGUGUGGUGAAAGGUGUGAACACGAAGUGCUUGCUACUUCCAAGGAAAGGUUUUCUUCUUCAGCUGCUGAUCCGCUCCAAUCGAACUUGCCUCCGUGGUUGCAGGCUGCAGAGUUUGGCACAGCAAAAGGGUUGAAUGUGAAGACCAAAGAAGAUGGUGUUAUGCUUGAUGGUAGUGAAUCUGCACCACUGCAUAAGAACUUAGACAAGAUAUGCCAGCAUCUGCACCAGCAAGAUGGAAAUACUUUUCCAACUGUUGUGGGGUUUCACUGUGGUGCUGACAAGAAAAAGGAAGAUGCUGACAAUUGCAGCAUCAAAAUUACGGACAAAUCACCUAAUGAAUUCAUCAAUCUCAACUCCAAUGUGCCUGUUGGCAUGCAAGUGAUGCAUAUGUCACAAUCAAGCAGUUCUUUUCCUGCACUUUUCAAGGCAAAGCAGGAGAAAUAUCCUUCAAAACUCGCUGAAAUGUUCCAGAAAGUGGAAGAUCAUGAGUCAGGAGACCUAAGAUCGUGCAACAUGUCCAAUUCAAGUGUGUGUGAUGGUAGUCAAAUGUCUCCAACAUCUGUAACUUCUGUAACCACUGAUCUGGGGUUAGGAAUAUGCUCUUCUCCUACCAGCAACAAAUUGAAGAAACCUUCUAUUCAAUAUACAAUGGAGCCUCCAAAGGAAAUCCCAAGUCGAUUUUCUUCAAACCUCAAUUUGGCUGAUGGGAAUAUCUUGAAGUAUCCAUCCCAGUCUUCAUCCUGCUUAAGUUUUGACUACUGUGGGCAAGUUGAUGCAAAAAAUCCCAAAUUUCUUUUUGAAGCUCUUUCCAAGGAGGUAAGCUGGCAAGAUGAAGCCUUACGGGCAAUCGUCAAAACAAUUGUUUGCAGCUCAACAAAAAGGGUCAAGCAUCGUGAGGCAAAUCAGUCUGGGGAUAUCUGGAUGAAUUUUGUUGGACCUGACAGACUUGGUAAAAAGAAAAUAGCUGUUUCUUUGGCUGAGUUAUUAUAUGGGAGCCGGGAAAGCUUCAUUUUUGUGGAUUUAAGUGCUGAACAAAAGAGGGGAUUCAAUGUGAAAUUAAGAGGGAAGACUACCCUUGAUUUUAUUGUAGGGGAGUGUUGCAGGAAACCCUUGUCUGUGAUUUUCCUUGAAAAUGUAGACAAGGCAGAUAUUCUAGCUCAAAAUAGUUUGUCUCAAGCCAUCAAGACAGGAAAAAUUACAGACUCACAUGGACGAGAAGUUAGUGUAAACAACACAUUGUUUAUUUUUUCUUUCUCAGAUUACCAAAAUAGUUCGAUGCCAACAGGGGGACCUUGCAAUUAUUCUGAGGAAAGAAUACUCAGGGCAAAGGGGGGUGGUAUCAAGUUAGAAGUUGAACAUGUGAUUGGAGACACCAGAAGCCAAAGCAACAGUGUAACUAACAAUUCAAUAGAUGCCAUUCCCAAUCUAAAUUUCCUAAACAAACGAAAGUUGAUUGGUGAUAAUGAAUUUCGUGACCCCCAUUUACUCUCCGAAACAGCUAAAAGGGCCCAUACAACAUCAAAUUGGCUGUUAGAUUUGAAUCUCCCAGCUGAAGAGAAUGAACAGAAACAAACAAGUGAUGGAAACUCUGAACAUGGCUCAACUCAGAGCCAAAGCCUUUGGUUACAAGAUUUGUAUGAUCUGGUUGAUGAAACAGUUGAUUUUAAACCUUAUGAUUUUGAUGCACUUGCGGAUAGAGUGUUGAAAGUGAUCAGAAGUAACUUCAACAAAAUUCUUGGAUCCGAGUGUUCGUUACAGAUCCAGACAGAAGUCAUGGACCAAUUGCUAGCAGCUCAAUAUGUUUCAGACAGGGUAACGGAGUUGGAGAACUGGGCGGAGGAAGUUCUUUGUGGAGGAUUUACAGAAAUACAGAGAAGGUACAACCUCUCUGCUAGUUCUAUUGUAAAACUUGCAACAUGUCCAGACCAAGCUUAUGGUGUACACCUUCCCCCAAGGAUAAUUUUAGAGUGAAUACCGACCAGCAAAUGUUGUAUUUUCCAUCAUAUGGAUGUAUAAUUUAGCUGUAGCAUAUAGUGAAACUAAUUUAGCCUUCAAUCUUAUUAUUUUGUUGGGUUUGUUUGUCUUGAUUUUAAUUGUGUAUAAUAUGUAAUCUGCAGCUAGUGUUGUGUGAUUAUCCUUUGCAUAUUUAAAUCAAAUGCCUUUUUUGUUC